GCAGAGCUGGCCAGGAUGUACAGGAACGAAGGGAACGAGUACUUCAGGGAGAAGGAGUACGGGAAAGCUGUCAUUGCCUACACCGAGGGGCUGAGAAGGAAGUGCGAGGAGCCGGAGAUGAGCGCCGUGCUGCACACCAACAGAGCGGCCGCACAGUUCUACCUGGGUAACUACCGUUCUGCUCUUAAUGAUGCCAUCCAAGCAACAAAGCUAAAGCCCACCCACCUCAAAGCAAUUAUAAGAGGAGCUCUCUGUCACAUGGAGCUGAAGAAUUUCUCUGAAGCAAUAGAGUGGUGUGAGAAGGGCUUGCAAAUAGAUUCAAAAGAGAAAAAACUUGUGGAAGUGAGAGCUAAAGCUGACAAGUUAAAGCGAGCUAAGGAGCGGGAUGCAAGGAAAGCAAAGGUGAUGGAGAAGAAGGAGCAGUGUGAAAAGGAGAUUUUGCUUGCAGCAAUAAAGGAAAGAAAUAUCAAGCUGGUUAUUGAGCCUUCAAAUGAAGAAGAGGAAAUAUCAGAUGGCCUGGCUGAGAUAUCCUUAGAUGGGUUCCAGUCUGACAAUGCCACAGGAGCAAAGGUGCAUUUAGAUGCUGAUGGCAACCUGAACUGGCCUGUCCUCUUUCUGUACCCUGAGCACGAGCAGACAGACUUCACCGUGGCUUUCCAUGAGAACUCCAGGUUUAUUGAUCAUUUAAUGGUGAUGUUUGCUGAGUUACCUCCGUGGGAUUUAGAAAGAAAAUACCUUCCCAGCAAUCUCGAGCUUUAUUUUGAAGAUGAAGAAAGAGCAGAAAUGUACGAGCUGAACCCAGAACACACAUUGCUACAAGUGCUGCAGCACGAGAGGUAUUUUGUAAAAGCUGGGACUCCAACAGUCUUGGUGUUUGUGAAGGGUUCUCCUUACUCCAAGAAGUAUUUCUCUGGCAAGAAGGUGCAUUGUCUUUAG